AUGAAGCUGCCCGUGAGUUCUUGGGAUGCUAUUAUGGUACCUAUAGUGCUCUCGAAAAUUCCAACCACCGUUCAACGCCACUGGAAUCUGAGCUUGUCAACAUCGGAGAUUCCUAACUUGGAGGAAUUGCUGAAAUUUUUGGAAAGGCGUGCGCAUAGACUUGCCUGUGAUUCGGUUGCUGCUAUUGUCCCUCGAAAGAUCGGGACCGCCCUGCCGGAUGGACGCAAAGGGAAUCGCUCGUUACAAACCCAUCUCGCCAAGGCUGGAGAAGGGACAUGUGUUAAGUGUGUGGGAGAACAUCGUAUCAUGCGCUGUCGUGCAUUACUAGAGCUGGGACCGGAGGAGCGCUUCAAGGCACUGAAAGCUACCGACUUGUGCUUCAAUUGCUUGAAGAGGGGUCACAUGACCCGUCAAUGCCCUUCAGGUGGAUGUAAACGUUGCGGCCGAAGGCACAAUACUUUAUUUUGCCGUGAAGACCCAUCCAACUCAUCCGUCGGGGCACCAAAGCGCGACUCUUUAAAGGGUAAACCAUUAGUUUCAUGCUUGACUUACGGUCAUCCUACGGUACUGUUAGCAACGGUCUGUGCUUAUGCUAUUGGAGACUCGCAUCAACGUCGCCUUGCACGAAUUCUCUGCGAUCCAGGUUCGCAGGCAAGCUUCAUAACUGAGAGAUUAGCAAAUCAAUUACAACUACGCAGGUUCAGACAUAAUGUAGCAGUAGAAGGUAUCGGGGCAUCGAACCAUACGCGUACUUCAGGUAGUGCGCAACUCACUUUGAAAUCUCACCUUUCGAACUUUGCGAUCAACCUGAAUGUUCUGAUUAUUCCUUCAAUCACCUCGCCAACGCCAGGGGUUCAUAUUGUUACUUCUGGAUGGACCCAUUUGCACGGACUUCCGCUUUCGGAUCCUCACUUCGGUACUCCAGCCCCUGUCGAUAUUCUCCUCGGAGCGGAUGUUUGGGACAUCAUUGUGGAGGCAGGCAUUAUCAGUGGUAAGGCGAAUCAGCCGCAUGCCCGAUCCACUCGUUUUGGUUGGGUGGUAUUUGGCCCAGCUACCGAAGCAAAUUUGACUGAAUCACCUUUCCAAUCACUCCACGCGCAAAUCGAUGAGUCUGAAACGCCGUUGGAUGAGCUCGUUCACAAAUUUUGGCAGUGGGAGGAACUUCCUUCUUUGGCGCAUAGUGUCAACACCAGCGAAUGUGAACGCAUUUUUGCCGCGACACAUUCCCGCAAUAGUGAAGGGCGAUAUGUGGUCCACUUACCGUUCCGCAGCACAUUAGCGUCUCUGGGUGAUUCCCAUACAUAUGCACUACAGCAAUUCCUACGGAUAGAAAAAAUACUGGCAUCCAAUGAGGAUCUGCGUUCGAAGUACGUAGAUUUUAUGCGUGAAUAUUCAGCUUUAGCACACAUGGAGCCCGUAACAACACAUCCUUCGACAGCGUACUACAUCCCUCAUUAUGCUGUGUUGGGAAAAUUUAGGGGGGUUUUUAACGCCUCGGCCCGGACUUCCAGUGGGGUAUCCUUAAAUGAUAUUCAAAUGGUUGGACCUCAAAUUCAAGAGCCUUUGCUUAAUAUUUUGUUUCGGUUUCGACGACAUCGGGUGGCGCUGACGGCGGAUAUUGAGAAAAUAUUUCGGCAGGUACUUGUCACUGCUCCGCACCGCAACUAUCAGCGUAUUUUGUGGCGUGAACGUCCAGUCGAGCCGAUUGGAAUAUACCAGCUGACUACCGUUACGUAUGGUAUGGCAUGUAGCCCGUUUAACGCUUUACGCGCACUCCAUCAAUGCGCUAAUGACAAUCAAGCCCUCGUAGUAGAUCCCCGACGGGCUGCAGAAGCUCAGAACAUAAUACUUUCCUCCUUCUAUGUUGACGACUUCCUGUGA